GCCAUGACGCGGAGCUGCUCCGCGCUGGGCUGCACCGCUCGCGACAGCGCGCGGAGCCGCGAGCGCGGCGUCUCCUUCCACCAGUUCCCGGUGGACGCCGUGCAGCGCAGCGCGUGGAUCCGCGCCGUGAACCGCGUGGACCCGCAGAGCCGGCGGCCAUGGCUGCCCGGCCCCGGCGCUAUCCUCUGCUCCCGACACUUCGCCGAGGGGGACUUCGAGCGCUUCGGGCUGCGGCGGAAGCUGCGGCGGGGGGCCGUGCCCUCCCGCUUCCUGCCCCCGGAGCCGCCGGGCACCGGCCGGAGGAGGAGGAGCAGGACCCGCAUGCAGGCACUGAAGCAGCCGCUGCGCGGCCCCCCCGGCGGGGACCACAACUACAGCCUGCGGGGCCGCCCCACGGACACCCCGCGCACCGUGGCGAGCCUCCUCAGGAUGCUGGUGAAGAAGCGGCAGCUUCCUGAGGAAAUCGUGAGUUUGCUGCGGGCGCAAUUCUCAGAUUUGCCUUUGGAGUUGCACAGCUGGAGGCAGAUGGCAGAAUACUCACCAGAAAUGAAGCAAUUUGCCUGUAUUCUCCACCUCUACCAUAUUAAGGCCUAUGAUUAUCUGCGGAAGAUUUUUCCCCUCCCUCAUCCCUGCAGCCUGACAAAUUGGCUGUCUAAUAAUGAGACUGCUGCAGGCUUCAGCAAUGACAUUUUCCUCCAGCUUCAGGAAAAGGUGGAGAGAGGGGAUCAGGCCUACUGCUACUGUGCUGUGAUGGUACAAGACAUGUCCUUGCAGAAGCAGCAGGAGUGGGACCCACAGACCAGGUGCCUGACAGGCUUUGUUGACCUGGGAGCAGGCAUCCUUGAUGCUGAUGAGGCUCCGCUGGCCUCGGAAGCGAUAAUCCUCAUGGCAGUCGGCAUCUCCAGUCCCUGGACAGCUCCACUUGGGUAUUUCUUCGUGAACAGCAUGACCGGCCGCUUGCUUGCUCAGCUCUUUCAUCAGACCAUCAGUAAGCUGAAUAACAUUGGGGUCACGGUCCUGGCUGUGACAUCAGGUGCCUCUGCUCACGGUGCUGAGACCGCCAGAGCUUUGGGGAUCAGGAUGGAUCCUGAAAGGAUUCGGUGCACUUUCCGUCAUCCACCUGGUUCUGCUCACAGCAUCACAUACUUCUUUGAUGUUUGUCACGCGCUCCAGCUGGUAAGGAAUGCUCUGCAGUGCUUCCAGAAAAUAGAGUGGCUCAGUGACACCAUGUGGUGGCAGCAUGUGGUGGAGCUGGCAGCUCUGCGGGAGCAGAGGGUGUUGGAGCCAUGCAGUCCCGGGUCAGGCAGAUCUGGGAGCAAAGAGAGUUACCAUCUGAAGGUCAACCCUGCUACACUGCUCUUCAGCGAGGGUGUUGCCGAUGCCCUAGAACACCUCCAGAAGCUGGGCCUGGCCUCAUUUCAGAACUGCAGUGGCACUGUCAAGUUUGUGCGUUUGAUGAGCUCUCUGCGCGAUGUAUUUUGUGGCGGAGUUCCCUAUGGAAAGGGACUGAAGGUGCCUUUGCUGGCUGGAAAUUACACCAAAAUAAGCAACCUCUUCAGUGAGGCCAAGAGCUUCUUUGUCACCUUAACAGACUCUGUGGGGAGAUACAUUAUUAAGAGCAAACGCAAACUAGGAUUUCUGAGUCUCUUGCUCAAUGCUGAAAGCCUCAAGUGGCUUUACUCCAACUACACAUGUCCAGAAGGCACUCCUUCCCACCACCUCCAGACCUACGCCUUCAGCCUGGAUGCACUGGAGCUGUUUCUCAGGGCCCUCAGGCAAGCCUGUGGCACCAGUGGGAGCCCCACCUGCACGGUGUUCCAGGCUGCUUAUCACAAACUGCUGGCCAGCUGCAGCCUGUCACCAGGCUCAAGACACGGCAGUGGCUCAGGUAACAUGAGCUCCUUGGACGUAUGCCUGUCUCGUAGCAGAGAUCUGACCCUGGGCAGCAUUUGGGCUCAGUAUAACCCAGCUCAUGGGAAGGCACUGGCAACAGAGUACCCCUUCUGUGCAGGCCUACUUUUGCACAGCUCCACGCUGAGUAACGCACUGACGGACCUGUCACUCCACGCACGAAGCAUCACCUGCGCCGCUGGCUUUGUGGCUGAGCAGUUGGCCUGGGACUUGCAAUGUGAGGCUUGUCUCGCUUCCCUCUUUGACUCAGAUGAGAGCAGGCUGAGGUGCAGGUCAGUGCUCUACAUAAAAAAGUUGGGCAGAGUGAGUCUGCCCUCAGCAAGUGUACACCACAUAGCAAGCAUUUUGGAACGAGUUCUAAAGUGGUACUGCAAUGUAGAGGACUGCAACAAAAACACCAUGCUGUGGCAUUUGUCUCUAGAACAGGAAGUCUUCCAGGAGCUUCUGGGAGAAAGGCCCCUCUUUCCCACACUCACAAACCAUUUAUUUGAUGGGGAGUUGAGCAUCAACAACCAUUACACAGUUUUAGUAAAGGAUAUAACAAGAUGCUACUUAAACAUCAGAACAAACACUGCGCAACACCUGAACUCGAAAUACCCUUGUGGAAGGCGCAGAUUGAAAAGACUGAAGGGGAGACAUUUUCUUCCAUCACCACUGGGUAGUUGUCAGUCAAGCUAUACUCACAUGGGGUCAUGAGUUCUCUGCUGUUCCAAGGAUGGCUGUGCCCUGCUGAGGCUCAGCGAUGGCUGGAUCGAGGCAACACGUCUUCCCACAAUUGGGCCAGCAAAACUGGCGUUGAUUAACAGUGAUGUGCUGAGCCAUGGCAAAGCACCUGAUCAGAGUCUGAGUAAGCGAAGCAAGGAGGCUUAUCUG